AUGGCACGCACGACAUCGAAAAUUUUUGUUCUGUUUGUGUUAUUAGUAACAGGAAUAGAAGGAGCAAGAAUAUUAGCAUUUUUUCCGACUCCAUCGAUUAGUCACCAAGUUGUCUUCCGGCCUAUAACUCACGAAUUGGCGAGACGAGGACAUGAAGUAAUCGUCGUCACACCCGAUCCGGUAUUCCCGAAAGGAAAAGCUCCUGCAAACCUAACAGAGAUAGGUGUCCGCGAUGCCUCUUAUAGUAAAUGGCAAGAAUUGUUUGUACAUCACAACGGAAAUAAACAAGAUUUAAUGCUUCAAGUGAGGCGGAUUUUCGAAAGUUUUGCAACUAUAUUAGAUUCUCAGUUACAAACAGCAGACGUGCGAAACAUGUUUAAAAAUAAAGACAGGAAUUAUUUUGAUUUACUUAUACUUGAAGCUUGCAACCGCCCGCUCAUGGGUUUGGCUCAUGUGUUUGACGCGCCAGUUAUUGUGAUUAGUUCUUUUGGUGCAGUUCCGCUUCAAUAUAGUACAUUAGGUGCACCUAUACAUCCAUUAUUGUAUCCAACACCAGGACGACAGAGAUUAUACAACCUAUCACUUUGGGAGAAGGGCUUGGAAAUUUUAAAACAUGUGGGUCUCGAAUUUUUAAUAGCACAAACCGAAGAUUUUGAUAAUCAAAUAAUGAGAAAACACUUUGGUAAAGAUGUCCCCACUUAUGAAGUACUUAGAAAAAAAAUCCAAAUGAUGUUUCUAAAUGAACAUCCUAUUUGGGCAGAUAAUCGUCCCGUACCUCCAAGCAUAGUCUAUAUUGGUGGUAUACAUCAAGCUAUAGAAAAAGAGUUACCUAAGGAUUUAAAAGAUUAUUUGGACUCUUCGAAAAAUGGCGUUAUAUAUGUGAGUUUUGGUACAAAUGUUUUACCAUCUAUUUUGCCACCAGAAAAAAUUAAAAUAAUGACAAAAGUUUUAUCUGAAUUGCCUUAUGAUGUGCUUUGGAAAUGGGAUAAGGAUAUAUUACCUGGGCAAUCAAAGAAUAUCAAAAUAUCUAAGUGGUUUCCGCAAACUGAUGUUUUAAGGCAUCCGAAUAUAAAACUAUUUAUAACUCAAGGAGGUUUACAAUCAACUGAUGAGGCUAUAGAUGCCACAGUGCCACUGAUUGGUAUUCCAAUGUUGGGGGAUCAAUGGUACAACGUAGAAAAAUAUGUUCAUCUUAAAAUUGGAUUACAACAUGACCUAAUGUCCUUAACGGAGAAUGAUUUUAAAAAUUCAAUAACAAGCGUUAUUGAAGAUAAAAGCUUCAAGGAUAACAUAAUCAGACUGAAAAAAUUGAUGAGAUCAUAUGCAAUCAAGCCUGCCGAUAAUGCUGUUUGGUGGGUGGAACAUGUCUUAAAAUAUGGUGGAAGCCACCUCCGAGCGCCUGCAGCUGAUAUGUCUUGGGUUGAAUACUAUGAGAUCGAAUUAGUUCUUAUAAUGAUAGCCAUUAUGAUGUCUAUUUUAUUCGUAUUAGGUUUCAUCCUAAAAUUAGUUAUAAAUUUUGUUUUAAAAUUAUUUCAAUCGAAUAUUAAAGUUAAAGCUCACUAG